AUGGAUGACAGCUUUUCCGAUAUCCUUGAAGAUAAGGAAUUUGGUGGGGACGAACUCUUUGCCAUUUUGGAGAGCCUUGAGGACUUCUCCGACUUUCCUCCCGUUGAUGAAGUUGUUAUCAGCACUAAGGAGAACGAGGAAACUUCAAGGUUCGCGUCACAAAAAUCAAGUUCUUCAAGUGCUCUACGAGAGUCUGAAGAGACUGAGCUUGAAGCUUCACCUAAGAGCAAGAGACAGAAGCUCGCACCCAACACUUCGUCAGAGGAUCCAAACCCAGAUGGCCAACAAAGGACAUCUCACAUCACUGUUGAGCGCAACCGAAGAAAGCAAAUGAACGAGCACUUGUCCGUCUUAAGGUCACUUAUGCCAAACUUUUAUGUCAAACGUGGAGACCAAGCAUCGAUAAUUGGAGGAGUGGUUGAUUACAUAAACGAGUUGCAGCAGGUUCUACAGUCCCUGGAGGCCAAGAAGCAAAGAAAAGUAUACAGUGAUGUACUAAGCCCAAGGCUAGUCUCAAGUCCAAGGCCUUUAGCUCUUAGUCCUAGAAAACCCCCUAUGAGCCCUAGGCUCAGCUUGCCAAUUAGUCCCAGAACUCCACAGCCAGGUAGUCCUUACAAGCCCAGGUUGCAGCAAGGUUACCUUUCUCCAACCAUCUCCAACUCUCUCGAGCCAUCUCCUACCUCUUCUGCUGCUUCGUCCUCCAUUAAUGAUAACAUCAAUGAGCUAGUGGCCAAUUCCAAGUCUGCUAUGGCCGAUGUGGAGGUCAAGUUUUCUGGGCCACACGUUCUUUUGAAAACAGUGUCUCCGCGUAUUCCAGGGCAAGCUUUGAAGAUAAUAUCAGCACUUGAAGACUUAUCUCUUGAAAUCCUCCAUGUCAGCAUCAGCACCGCUGAUGAAACCAUGCUAAACUCAUUCACUAUUAAGAUUGGAAUCGAAUGCCAACUCAGCGCCGAAGAACUGGCUCUACAAAUCCAGCAAACAUUCUGCUGA